UGUGUGUGUGCACAGUCCAUCGUAUCUGCCUUGGAGAGACAGAUCUUUGACUUCCUUGGAUUCCAGUGGGCCCCCAUCCUUGGUAAUUUUCUGCACAUAAUAGCUGUCAUUUUGGGUUUGUUUGGCACCAUACAAUACAGACCUCGAUAUAUAGUCGUGUACUCCGUAUGGACUGCUCUCUGGGUCACAUGGAAUGUUUUCAUUAUCUGCUUCUAUUUGGAAGUAGGCGGGCUUUCAAAGGAAACUGACUUCAUGACCUUUAACAUCUCAAUGCAUCGAUCCUGGUGGCGAGAACAUGGGCCAGGCUGCAUACGAAGAGUGGUGCGUCCUUCAGCUCCUGGGAUUUUAGAUGAUUUUUCCUAUGUCUCUGUGACAGGCUGCAUCAUUGACUUCCAGUACCUAGAGGUCAUUCACAGUGCCAUCCAAAUAUUACUCUCUUUGAUUGGUUUUGUCUAUGCCUGUUACGUGAUCAGUGUCUUCAUGGAGGAAGAGGACAGCUGUAAGUACUCUCCUCUCCGGCAUGGCAGCGAAGACUCGCCAUCCUCCACACCCCGGGUGACAGCAGCAGCCCUCUCCGGGGGGUGGGGCAUUCCAGAGAGCGUGUGCGCGAGUCCGGCUUCUUCUGGGGAAGCCUGCUGCUGCUUGGCAAGACUGGGGCAGCCUCUCCGAGGCCAGGCGAAAGGAACUGAAUAG